AUGGCGCAUCGCGAGCGAGGCUUGAUCGGUGCCGUUCAAGUUUCCCAGAAGUGCUACAACACAAGUUUGAGCACCUUUGAGAUCCUCAGAUCGAGCUCGGGCUCGGCCGAGGUUGAUAGAGAGGGCUGCAGGGCCGGUACCACCUGGGGCGUGCACAAUCUGCUGAUCGCCGAUCCACCUAUUUCUUCGCUCUGCCCGAGCUGUGCCCGUGCGAGUGGUUUAUAUAACCCAGCUUUCCAUGGGUAUCUUCGCCAAUCCUCACUGGUGAUCGCACGAUGGAAGCGAGUGGAGAUCCGAUUCGCUCGUCCUCACUGUGGCGAGUGCCCGACGUAA